GAUGGAUCUCCACAUGAAGUUUCUCCUGGCCUCCCUCAGCUGUGUACUUCUGAUACAAGGAGCUUUCUGUGGGGGGACUGGAGCGACAAGCUGGACUUGUGUGUGCACCGCUCAUCCACUUGGCGAAGCAAACUCCAAUAGCAGCCUGUCAUCCAGUUGCGACUCCUCGUGCCAUUGCAUACGAGAUGAAAACGGCGGCACAGGGUCAUGGAACUGCUCGUGCCGCUCCGACAAGGACCUUCAGGAAGAAGAACACGCUGUGGUGCACAGUGGGAGUUGCUUCACUUCCUGUAACUGCACAUCUGGAAGUUCUGAACAAGAGAGGAAGCAUUUCUCUAGCAAAACAGUCAUUGCUACACUCCUGGUAUGUGUGGUUCUCACCACUGUUGCUUUCGUCGGAACAACGGCGUACUACUUCCGCCGCAAGGACGCACUCUCCCCGCGUUCCCGGAUGCACUCUUUCGACAAGUACGCGAGCUGGAGCAGCAGAUCGAACCUCGUUAGCCAUCGAUCUUCUCCCCUUACCCAACUGAAACCCAAACCCGGGCUCAGUGUCAUCAAAGGGUUUUUGUGUAGCUGCCCACUCGUCUCCCGGAGCGAAGACGGCCCAUUCCCCGGCGUGGUUCUCCGGUUCUCCUACGUCGAGCUGGAGCAGGCAACAGGGAAAUUUUCCGACGAACACCUCAUCGGCGUCGGCGGGACCAGCAAGGUGUACCGUGGACAGCUCGCCGACGGCAAAGUCGUCGCCGUGAAGAAGCUUCGGCCCCUCGGUGGUGCGGACGAAGACUAUGAGUUCCUGUCAGAGAUCGAGCUGCUGUCACGGCUGAACCACUGCCAUGUGGUGCCAUUGCUGGGGUACUGCUCGGAGCGGCAGGGGCGGCAGCUGGAGCGGCUGCUGGUGUUCGAGUGCAUGACCAACGGCAACCUGCGGGAGUGCCUGGACGACCUCAACAGGAAGCCCAUGGACUGGGCGACGCGCGUCGGCGUGGCGCUGGGCGCCGCGAGGGGCCUCGAGUACCUCCACGAGGCGGCGGCGCCGCGCAUCCUCCACCGCGACAUCAAGUCCACCAACAUCCUGCUCGACGACCGGUUCAGGGCCCGGAUCACGGACCUGGGCAUGGCCAAGUGCCUGAUGAACGACGGCGUGACGAGCUGCUCUAGCUCGCCGGCGCGGAUGCUGGGCACCUUCGGGUACUUCGCCCCCGAGUACGCCAUCGUCGGCAAGGCGUCGCUCAAGUCGGACGUCUUCAGCUUCGGCGUGGUGGUGCUCGAGCUCAUCACCGGCCGGCAGCCGGUGCACAAGAGAGGCGGCGCCGGCGCCGGUGGCGGCGGCACGGACGAGAGCCUGGUGAUGUGGGCGACGUCGCGGCUCCGGGACAGCAGGUUGGUGGUGGCGGAGCUGCCGGACCCGGCGCUGAAGGGCGCGUUCCCGCCCGAGGAAAUGCAGAUCAUGGCGCACCUGGCCAGAGAGUGCCUGCAGUGGGACCCCGAGGCCAGGCCCACCAUGACCGAGGUCGUUCAGAUCCUCUCCACCAUCGCGCCCCUUGCCGACAAGCGCCGUCGCCACCACCUGCCCGCCGCCGCCGCCGCCUUCGCCCCGGGCUUCCGUGCCGAGAAGCCGCAGGAAUGCUCAGUGUGGCAGGACGGCGACGACGGCCGUCGCCGUGAUCACCUGCACGGGGGGAACGGUAGCAAUGCAAAGGGCACCGUCUUGUCGGGCGAGGUCGCGGUUAACGUCGGCACGCCGGCGGCGAUGGGCCGGAGCUGGCGGUCGGCGGAGCAGGAGGAGGUGGACCUGACGGAGCCGCGGCUGGAGACGUUCACGCAGCCGACAACGACGGCGAGCCUCUUCAGGUGAACGUGAGAUCGAUCGAAUACGUCGUGGAAGAGAUAGAUAGAAUAGUGAAGUAGCACCUCAAACUCUGUUGCGAUCCUCCGCGUGCAUGAAUGGCAUGGCGCCAUGGCAAGAUCGAUCUAUCUUUGUACAGGAAAAACGUAAUCAAAUGAAUUUGAGAAGAAAUAUGGGAGUGAGA